AUGUGCAUCUACCAGAUUAAAGACUUCUACUUCUGUGGCUGCCGCAGAACGUUACUCGAUGCAGACGACGCCAUAUUCAUGAUCAAGGGCUAUUUCAGCACUGAUAUAGUGUGCACUAGCUACACCUUCUAUCCCUGCAACCUGAUGCAGAUCAACGGUACUCCCUGCGUAGAGUGGACGGGAGAUGAACAUGGGUAUCGUAAGAAGCUGGAGAAGCGCUAUAACACCAUCAUCCUUGUUUCCUUGGACGACUGUAAUCUAGAUCCCAAUGACGACUCUAGGGGUUGUAAACUAAGGCGACACCGAAGAGAAACCGGCCGCUUCAGCGAGCCAGUUGUACCAGAGGUCCCACGCAGGGUAAAGCCAGGCGGAGAACAGGAGUUUGAGGAACUUAUCUGGUCAAGGGAGAGAAAUAGGCACCUGCUGGAUAACGUUAGCCUCUUUGGCGCUGGCGAGCGUUGUCGGUUUUCUAAUUAG